UUUGUGUUUGUGUGUGUGGGGGUGGGGGGUUGUGUGUGGGAGAUGUUGAUACAAGAGAGAGAAAGCGGAGUUCGACCUUUUAAAUAAAUGUGUAUACACAUCAUGUUGUCCAUGUCUAUUUAGGACAGUUUGAUCUGUGAGCAUUUCAUUCUGCUGGGAGCCAUCAUGGAGAGAGCUGUGCUGCAAAUCACCCUCUUUGGGCUGCUGCUGGCUUUGGCUGCGACACAACCGAACAAGGACAACUGGGACAUCUACAGCUUUCACAUCAACUCCACAGUGACCAGUCGUUACGCAACCACUGUCAUCACGAGCCGCAUGGCCAAUCGUAUGGACGAGUCAAAGGAGAUAGAGUUCCACGUCCGGAUUCCCAAGAACGCCUUCAUCAGCAAAUUUAGAAUGUUUAUUGAUGGCCAAGUGUACGAUGGCGUUGUGAAAGGUAAAGAAAAAGCCAGGCAGCAGUACACUGAGGCUGUGUCCCGCGGACAAAGCGCCGGACUUGUCAGUUCUGUAGGGAGGACCCUGGAGGAAUUUAAGACCUCUGUGACUGUGGCUGCUCACAAAAAGGUCACCUUUGAACUUACAUAUGAGGAGCUGCUGAAACGCAGGCUUGGAAAGUACGAGCUGCAAAUCCACGCUCGACCCAUGCAGCCUGUGAAAAGCUUUAAAGUUGAUGUGCACAUUCACGAGAAAUCGGGCAUCAAUUUCGUUGAGGUUAAAGGAGGACUAGCCCUGGCUGAUGCCAUCAACAAAACACAUGCAGACAAUGAGGUGUGGGUGAACUUCUACCCAACAGAAGACCAACAGAAAACGUGUACCAGCUGUGGAGAGCAGGGAAUGAAUGGAGAUCUGGUUAUUGUUUACGAUGUCAAUAGGGACAGUGGACUGGGAGACAUUAAGACUUCAGCCGGGUACUUUGUUCAUCACUUUGCCCCAUCUAGUCUUACCCCCAUAUCAAAAAACGUUGUCUUCUUGAUCGAUCGAAGUGGCUCAAUGCACGGCAAAAAAAUUCGUCAGACCCGGUUAGCCUUAAUCCACAUCUUGAACGACCUGUCAGAGGAUGACCACUUUGGUCUUAUCACUUUUGAUGGCAGCAUUUCUUACUGGAAACGAGAACUUGUUCAAGCCAACCAGCGAAACCUGGAGAGUGCCAAAAUAUUUUCAGAAGAUAUUAGAGAAAGUGGAUCCACAAACAUCAACAGUGCAGUGUUGGAAGGAGCCAGUAUGCUCAACGCACAUCCGAGAGAAGAUUCAGCAUCCAUCCUCAUUCUUCUCACUGAUGGAGACCCAACAACCGGGGUGACAAAUCUUGAAGAAAUCCAGUCAAAUGUCAGGGUGGCUAUUGCGGACAAAUUCCCACUCUACUGUCUCGGUUUUGGUUUUGAUGUAAAUUUUGAGUUCCUUGAGAAGAUGUCGCUGCAGAACAAUGGUGUGGCACGACGGAUUUAUGAAGACUCUGAUGCUGAUUUACAGCUGAAGGGUUUCUACGAAGAGGUGGCCACUCCUCUUUUGAUCGAUGUGACUAUGAGCUAUAAUGGUGGCACCAAUCUGACGCAGACUGAAUUCAGCCAGUAUUAUAACGGAUCAGAGAUUGUGGUGGCCGGUAAGAUCACUGACAACGACAUUGGAACCUUCACUCCACAAGUCAUCGCAAUUUCAAGCAGUAAAAAGAUGACGUUUUCUAACCCCAACGGCACCGUGGAGUCCACUGGAACAGAGUCUGCCGACCACAUCCAGAGGGUUUGGGCCUAUCUCACGGUCAAACAGCUUCUGAAGAAAGAGCUGCUGUUAUCUGGAGCUGAGAAGGAGAACGUGAAGAGAGAGGCCUUGGAGCUGUCGCUGAAGUACAGCUUUGUAACUCCACUCACAUCCAUGGUGGUCACCAAGCCUGAGGGAGGGGAGACCGAAGUACUCCAUAAACCCAAGGAAGGAGAAGCCCCACAGACAGGGUCAAGGCAUCAAAAUAUAGCUUAUUCGGGCACUGUGAUGCAUACAUUUGGAGCACGACAAGCUUCACCAGGAGCACGACAAGGUUUACCAGGAACCCCGGCAUAUGGACGAGGUUUAGGCUUAGGCUCAGCAUCAGGCUCAGCAUCAGACUCAGGCUCAAGGCUUACAAAGUUAAAUGCUGGGCGAGCUGGGAGAGUAUUCUCAGUAUUCUCUACUCAAUCAGAUCCAACAAUGACACAACGCGGCCAUACUGUUCCUUUGGUUGGGUUAGGGUUAGGGUUUCAUGCUCAAGAUAUGGAUUCACUUGGUACCUCCGAUAUUGAAGAUCUUGAAGAGGCUACCAUGCUAUCACCUAACAAUCCAACAAUGACACAACACGACCAUACUGUUCCUUUGGUUGGGUUAGGGUUAGGGUUUCAUGCUCAAGUUGAUGUAGCACCUACUCAAGUUCAUGCCACCAUUGUGCCGGCAACAGAUAACAUUCCUGUUUCCCAUCGGUUUCUGCUAAAAACUGAGAAUCAGUCAAUUCCACUCUGCUUUGAUGUCACUGGAGACGUUCGCCUUAAACUACUUCACCAUCCCACCAGCGAGCUGUCUGUACACGGCGAGCUUGAUUCAGUAACGAAUGGAGGCUUCACAAGGAUUGUCAUCCAGCUCAACGCUGACCUGUAUGUUGAUGUUGAAGUCAAUAAAAUCACCGUGAUAGAGGGAUCGAGAAUGACACACCACACUGGACAGGAUCCCAUCACAGCUGGAAGUUGGACAAUUAUUAGGCGGGACAAGGACAUCGAUGUUGCUGGUGGGGACACACACUUGGUCAUCUUAAUUCAGGGAAAGGACGCUCAAUCAUUCCUCUGGCCCGUUUUAAGACAGCAGUCAUCGGACAGCGCUGAAGGAAUUUUAGCUCUGAAUCCAGUUUAUGAGGAGGUGCCACAAACUCCCACCACAAAACUUAGGAUCAAAGACCAGGAGAAUGACGUUACCAGGGACAAUGCUGCUGACUACAGUAUUUCCCCCCCCCUGACACUGGACUGCUGGCUCCUGUCGGCCGACUCUGCCCUGCAGAGACGCCUGGAGGCCUUCAUAGUUUGAAAGGAAAAUUAUUCAAACACAAACAGAUUAAUCGGGGAAAAAUACUUUCUAGCUUUAGCUAAGAUAAUCAAAUAAAUAUUAUCCAAGCUCA